CUGGAUCGCUGGCUGGUUAGGGGUGAGGAUACACGAUAAUGGCAAAAAAGACCAGCUGGCGUAUGAUAUAGUGUUAGUGCGAUGAUUAUAUCUAACCUUAAUUACAAGCACGAUUACAUUCAAAACAAAUGGAACUGGAAACUGUACUCCGAAAAUGUGUAACAGCAAAUAAACAAGUAAAACCAGAAGAAAAUGAAAAGAACGAGGAUGAAUAUUUUCAAAAGAUUUAUGGACAAUGGAAGGGCGCCAAAGCUAAAGACAAAGAUUCAACUUAUAAAGUGAUUCCUAAAUUUUAUUUUAAGUUACCGAAAGAAGAUGAAAUUUUACCACAAAAAUUGCGGGAAGAGACACGGGCUUUAUUUUUACAAAGACGCUCGCGACAGUUAUUAGAUAAUAACGAACUAAAAGCCUUAUGGGUGUUGUUAGAUAAACACCAUAGUCCUCCUUUGUCAGGAGAGGAGCAAUUAAUUAAUUAUGAAGACUUCAAAAAAGUAGGAAAACUGGCAGGAACAAAAUGCAGUCAGUAUUUUACUGCAGUCGUUUUUGCCAAACUGCAACAGGGUGAUCCUCACGGUAGGAUCAGUAUAAUGGCCCUGUUUAAUUACGUUAUGAGAAAAGUUUGGUUGCAUCAAACAAGAAUUGGUCUUUCCCUGUACGAUGUUACUGGCCAGGGAUAUCUUAGAGAAUCAGACUUGGAGAAUUACAUUUUGGAACUGAUACCAACUUUACCUCAGCUUGAAGGACUUGAGAAGUCGUUUCAUUCAUUUUACGUUUGUACAGCAGUAAGGAAAUUCUUGUUUUUCCUUGAUCCUCUCAGAACUGGUAGAGUUAGAAUACAGGAUAUUCUGGCGUGCAGCUUUCUUGACGAUCUCUUAGAACUGAGAGAUGAAGAUUUGCCAAAAGACUUGCAGGAAGCGAACUGGUUUUCAGCUCCAUCAGCUCUUAAAGUUUAUGGACAAUACUUGAACCUCGAUAGAGAUCACAAUGGGAUGCUAAAUAAAGAAGAGCUGGCAGGGUAUGGGACAGGUACGUUGACUGGAGUAUUUUUGGAAAGAGUAUUCCAAGAAUGUUUAACAUACGAGGGAGAAAUGGAUUACAAGACUUAUCUGGAUUUUGUCUUAGCAUUAGAAAAUCGUCACGAACCACAAAGCUUACAUUAUUUAUUCAGAAUUCUCGAUAUUAACAAUCGUGGUUACUUAGAUACUUUCUGCCUUAAUUACUUUUUCCGGGCUAUACAGGAACAGAUGACUAUGCACGGUCAAGAGCCAGUCAGUUUUGAGGAUGUUAAAGACGAGAUAUUUGAUAUGGUAAAACCAGUAGAUUCAUGUAAAAUUACGUUACAGGAUUUACUUUCUUGUGGUCAGGGUGAUACGAUGGUCAGUAUUUUAAUAGAAUUUCACGGUUUCUGGGCAUAUGAAAAUCGUGAAGCCAUGGCUGCAGAUACGGGCGAUGAAUCAUCUCACGUCUGAAUAAUAGAGAUUCAUAAAAUGUGACAUUCCUGACUGAACAGAUUAGAUAUUAACAGUUCGGGAUAACAGACAAAAUGCCGUUUUCAUACCGUUGUGAUAUAAAUGUUGAAAGAUCAUAAAAUUGACCUAUGAAGGAAUUCCUAAAUAUGUUACAUUUAAUUGUUUAAUA